AUGCUUUCGGAGAACAACUACGGCGUGUGGGCUGUAAAGAUGAAGAUCUUCAUGCGUGCACAAGGUGUGUGGGCUGCCAUGGUGAACAAGGGAGGUGUUCAUGAGAAGAUGGCCCAAAUGGCUCUCGCUGCCAUUGUCCAACCUGUGCCGGAGGCCGUGGUGAUGUCCAUCUCGGAGCGCGAGACGGCCAAGAAAGGCGUUACCACGACCGUGAACGAGAUUCGCUUUCUCGUCACGAAAGUGAAGGAUACCACUGUCAUCGAGAAGAUCUUGCAUUCGGUCCCCGACAAGUUCCGACCCCUCAUCAGCACCAUUGAGCAAUGUGGGGAUGUGACCGUGAUGUCGGUGACGGAGAUGAUCGGGUGCUUGAGGGCGUUCAAGGAGUCUUCAAAGGGGCGGCGUCGUGACAAGGAGGUGGAGCCGCAGCUGCUGUUCGUGGACACUGAGCCACGGCUCACACGUGCUGAGUGGGAGGCCAAGGUUGCUGAAGAGAAGAAGAGCGGAGGUGGCUCUGGCAGCGGCGGUGUCGGUGAGAAGAAGUACUGCGGCAAGUUCGACAAGUCCAAGGUCGAUUGCCGCAACUGUGGUAAGUUUGGACACUUCGCCGAUAAGUGUCCUGCAGUGAAGAAAGUGGUGAUAGGCAUGGCGCAACUUGCCAUGGCGGAUGCUGACGAUGAGGCGGCGCUGCUUUGA